AUGUCGUCCCCAAAGUCUCGCCAAUCCCAGUCGCCAACGGGGCGUUCUCCCACCACGAGCGAGCCCCUUGGAGACGCGUUGGUUCAGGGAACCGAAGGCCAGCCGAAUAAUGGCGCUAUCGAAGUCGAUAACGAUUCCGACUCUUCGUACUCGCUGGCGACUACAGUCACUGAUACCCAGUCCCUAAGAUCCUCCAUCUUGAACUACAAGUGGGAAAAUGGACGGCGUUAUCACGCUUACCAAGAAGGAUCUUACUGGGCUCCCAACGAUGAUCGCCAGCAAGAAGCUGAAGACCUUAUGCAUGAGGUGUACCGGAUCAUCAUGAACGACAAGCUAUAUGAGGCCCCUAUCGGAGAGCAGCCACAGAAUGUUUUGGACCUUGGCUGCGGGACUGGAAUCUGGGCCAUGUGGGUUGCUAAAGUUCGCCUACAUCUCGAAGUGCUAAUUGGAGCCAGUGAAUUCGCCGACAUGCACCCUUCCGCAGAUGUUCUUGGUGUUGACCUUUCCCCAAUUCAGCCCAAUUUCGUACCUCCCAACUGCAGGUUCGAAGUCGAUGAUAUCAACCAGGACUGGACUUAUCCCGAGAACAAGUUCGAUUUCGUUCAUCUCCGCGGCCUGACGGGCUGUAUUCCCGACUGGACCAAAUUCUACGAGGGAGCUAUCAAGCACGUCAAGCCCGGUGGCUGGAUUGAACACGUCGAACUAUGGGGUACAGCAAAGUCAGAUGACGACACCCUCAGAGCUGACUCACCACUGAAGACAUGGGUCGAGAUCUUCACGAAAUUGGGCGAGAUGACCGGUAAGACCUUCUUCUGGGACCACAAAGCAGCCGAGUCAGUCAGAGAAGGCGGCUUCAUCAACGUCACAGAGCGUCGAAUCAAGGUCCCGAUCGGAACGUGGCCCAAAGACAAGCAGCUCAAACAAUGGGGAGCCUGGAACCGUCAAUUCUUGCUACAAGCUCUUGAAGGGUUUUCGAUCCGCGGUCUUACCGAGAUGCUAGGGUGGAAGUACGAAGAUGCUCAGUUGUAUCUGUCGGAUAUGCGCAAGGAGUUGACUAAUCCGAAACUUCACUCCUAUCUUGAAGUUACCGUCGUUUAUGGCCAAAGGCCCGAGGCUACAGAUGAAGAGGUCUAG